AUGUCCUCGACUCCUUCCUCGGCCCCUUCAGCCCCUCUGUGCUCCUCCUCCUCCACCACCGCAUCAAACGAAUGCCAGACUACAGACGAACCAGCAACUGCCUCCCCUACUACAGUCGACAACCUUGCUGUUAUCACAGACUGCCCCAACGCUACAAACGCUGCCCAGUGGUUCUACAAACCAUACCUCCAACCCUCCGCCAUCUCCACCACUGCAAUGUCAACCUUCAUCCCCUCAGAGUCGCAUCACAAAAAGAACAAGCGAUCCCUCUCUUCAUCGUUUUCUGUUAAUUCAUCCACAAUACGCCUCCCUGGCACCCCUGCCUCUCUCUACAGCAACGCUGUUUCAGCCAGUCGUCUUCAAUCGCAGACCCCUAUCGGACCAGGACACGAUCCUGUUGGUGGCAGUGGCAUCCCUAGGAUCCGGGGCGAGGACCUUUACUCGACAUACUCGACUGGAGUCGGCGCCGGUGGAUAUAGUAAGCGGACAGCUGGACCCUACUCCUCUCAAUCAACACCCAAUCAUGCAGGGAGCUCCUUUCACCUCAACCCACAACCACUCCUGCCCAUCAAGGAUGAGUCAAUAUACCAUAACCCAUACAGAGCACCAUCGCACACCAACACCCGGUCCUUUGUACCACCAAUGGUCCAAGGGUACGAAUUUAUUGGUGGAUCGCAGGCGGGAAACAUGGGAUUGAUUAUGGGCAAGCGGAUAUCGGACGGUGUGCCUGUGACAGGCAAGCUCCAUCAGUCCCGCGUCCUCCUCCAGCACGAGUACCGGAUAUUGAAGCGACUCCAGAUUGCCAAUGCCCGUUAUGAUCCCACAAGCACUCCUCCACCAAAGUUCAAUCCGUCGACCGAACCACAAACAAAGCUCGAACCUUCCUGUUGUGGUGAAAUACCAACAUCGGUAUCGGCAUCGGGGGGUUGCAGCAGUGCUGGUGCUACCACAGAAGCGACCCCACCACAAUCAACUGGAACACCGUCAAAUGACAGCAGUGGGCGACAACAGCCUGCAAGGGAGAGCAAGUGUCAUGUCAAGCCUGGUGCGAAGCAAGCAGUCUACGAGACAGGGAGCGUCGAGACCGAAAAGUACUUUAACCGAGUCGUGGAAGAUUUCAUCGACCUGGAUCAAGACGACCUCUCGAUCUUGAUUCUUGAACGGCUCGGACCCAACCUGUUGUCGCAUACACACCACCAGUUCAUGGGACUCGAUAACCUUCAGGAACUCUACAGCACAGGCGGGAAGAUUGAAAAGUGUGUCGGGUCACCCUUCCGAGAUGUGUACACUUUCCUGGUGUUUGCGCUGAAGGCAGCUUGUGUUCUUGAGGCCCUACAAUCAGCAAAUAUUGCUCACCUCGCCAUCUGCCCUACCGCUCUGCACUGGAUGCCGGCUGAACCAAAGAUCGGACCCUGGAGCCCCAAAAGUGAUACCCAUUCUGAAUCGAACGGAGCUGGAAACGGGAUUGGAGGCGGGUCUAGCCAGUACACCAAGGGACCCUCGACGCUUUACGCAUUGUUGGACACGAUGGACAUCAACGACACCAAAUUGCGGCUAUUCGAUUUCACGCAUUCCAAGAUUCUGAGUCACGAGCGAGCCAGAGCGCCCAACAAUAUUGUCGAGUGGCAGAUCCCUGGGUACAUGGAGUACCACCUGCAGUUUUUGGCACCAGAGCAGACGGGACGAGCAGAGACCUGGAUGGAUUACCGCACGGAUAUCUAUGGACUCGGCGCGACCUUGUUCUCGCUCUUGACGAUGCAGUAUCCCAACACCGGAAACGACAGCGUUCAGAUUCUGCAAGGCGUUCUGACGAGGGAUUUGCCACCGGUGAGCGACUUUAGGUCGGACAUGCCUCCCAUUGUGGACGCUAUCCUUCGCAAGAUGACGCAAAAGCAACCAAGUCAGCGUUAUCAGAACGCCUUCGGGUUUAAGCAGGAUAUCUUGCGUUGCUUGAACACUCUCCGCAGAACUGGAAAGAUCGAUUCGUUUGAGUUGGGAAACCACGAUAUUUCGUACCAAUUCGUCCUGCCAAACAGUCUAUUUGGGCGUCACUCGGAGCAACAGUUGAUCUCGGCAGCGAUUGUUCAGGCGGCCAGCGCUUACCAACAGACGCUAAACAGUAACUUGAUCUGCAACGAUGACGAUGAGAGCUAUGGCGAUUUGGACGGCGGAACGAGUUAUGGGGGACCCUCGACACCAGCGGCAGUAAGUGCCAACGACUCAGAGGAUCUCUAUGUCUUUGAGGAUGACAUUGUGUCGCUCAAGUGCCAACUGUCGUCCAGGAUCCCUCUAUCGUCCAAGACUCUGUUGCGGAAGCCUAGGCUCUUUGAUCGUGGAGGUGGCAAAUCGGUUCACCGCGGAACUGAGCUGAGCGACCCUGUUGUUAGGGUUAUCUUUGUUAGUGGACCAUCGGGUGUUGGAAAGACGGUGUUGAUCAGGCGAAUGUCGACAGUGGCGCGUAACUCGGGAUUGUUCGCAGGAGGAGUCUUCGAGGCUGGCAACUCGGCCCCUUACUCGGCGAUCCUGUCUUGUAUCCAGAGCGUACUCCAGCAACUAUUGACCCAACAGACUGACGCCCUGGCUACCCUCGUCAUCGCCAUUAGGACCGCCUUUGAACCUGACUCUGGGAUUGGCAUUAUUUGCGACCUGAUCCCCGAGUUGAAGUACUUUUUCAAAGGCUCCGACUUGCCUGAAAGCAAGGAUGUCCCGCUCACCCAUUCAGUGGCCCGUUUUCAUGCACUGAUCCUCAAGCUGAUCCGGGUUAUUUCAACACAUUUCUUCAUGACCUGGCUGAUCGACGACCUCCAUUUUGCGGAUGAGAACUCGAUCGACUUGUUGGCCACCCUGGUCAAUGUCAACAAGCGGCUCCCUAUUGUGCUGAUCAUCACUCACAGAGACACCAUUGAGUGUUUGAUCAAAGUCAAACAGAUCUUGGGCGGAGGCAAUGUUGCAGGAGCCAGGCACCCGACAGGAUUCAGUGCUCUGGGAACGAUGCACAACGAGUACAAUCCAGGAUCUUCGGGAACUGGAUCUGAUUUGAUGGCGUCCAUGCCGAACGGUUCUGGCAAUAUUGGCGGGGGUGGAGGCGAUGGCAUGCCGUCUCUACCGAGAAGGGGUCUUAACCGAUCUUCGUCUGGAACAUCGCUCAUUGUUCGUGGUGGCGGAGGCGUGCGAUUCAUUCGCCUUCAAAACCCAACUCUUGAAGCGAUCCAGGAAUUCUUGGCUUCACUACUCCACCGCGACAAGGAGGAUGUCGUGUCGCUGGCCAAGGCGCUCCGACAAAAGUCCUGGUUAACCAUUCGACAGCUUGUUCUGGAAUUGUACAGGACCGAGACCAUCUACUUCAACUGCUUCAGUCGAGAGUGGGAGUGGGAGCCCUGUGAGGACACCCUGGGCGAGGUUGUGCGUCGAUUGACGGGAGAGGAGUUUGCGUUCCUCGACCAACGGUUCCGUGCUUUGGACUGUGAUACCAAAAAGACGUUAAUCUGUGCGUCGAUCUGUGGACCAUUUUUUACGAUCCAUGAUCUUCAACUUUUGGCAUCAGCGGCGUUCACCUGGUCAGGAACGGAACCCAAGACGGCAGUGUCGAGCAAUUGUACAGGACCCAAGCCGUAUGCUCCAGAUGAAGGUACUGCUGCUGACCCCUCCAGCACACCGGCGGCUAUGAAUUCGGGAUGCAAGGCCAUGGCCGGUCUGCAGUCUGCCAUUCGGGAGGGAAUUUUGGUUUAUACCUCUGAACCCAACGAGCUGCGUUUCCACCACGGGACCAUGCGUCGUGUCGCCGUGAACCUGUUGGACAGUCCCGAGCAAACCGAGAAGCUGCAUUUCGAGAUGGCCAAAAUCCUUUUCAACACGCCGGGGCAGGAGUUCAGAACCGCCAGCCAUGUUCUCCAGAGCCUUAACUUGAUCAAGAAGAGUCUCGCCGCUGGAAAAAUGGACAAGUCCUCGACGACCGCAACACCGGAGCCGGUAGUGGAAGCCGACAAGCCCAGCGACUGGAAGGAGCACUGUUUCUUAGGAAAUCAUCCACCGCCUGUGCUGGAGGAAGAAGACGACAAGUCAUCUGGGCCGGAUGGUCGUGCUCUGAGGGUGAUCCUCUCACUGGCCGGAGAGAAGUCACAGAAGAGCGGCGCUCAGGAUAUGGCCCUUGCGUUUUGGAAUGCUGCCAUGGCUUUGUUGCCAGAACACUGUUGGGAGCGUUCUGACAAGACUGAGCCAGUCGACGGCAGUCUCAACAAUGCAACUUCCACGGCAACUACCUCUCCGUCAAGCAGCAAUAGUGUCCACUCGCUAACACCUCCCGACUCGGACCUUCAGGACAUCGAUAUGGAGGGGCUUCUUGGAUCGCCUAAACCGACGCGCUACACGAUCUCACGCCAAUUACCGCUCCACCAUGAGGCCCUGAAACUGCACCUUCAGUGCAUCGAGGCCGAGCGAUGGCGGGAGAAUUUCGGUCAAGCCAUGAAGAUAUGUGAGAUUGUCUUGGCGAAUGUGACCGAUCCGAUCGACAGAGCUCGAGUUUAUCAACACCAGAUCGAGAUGUCUGUUUGGGCCUACUCUUCCCCGGAGAAGGCAACAGCGAUCACGAUCAAGUGUCUGCAGGAACUCGGUAUUCCGGAAGAUACGCUGUUCAGCCCGACGGAGGAGGAGAUGAGGGUUACUUUUGGCGAGACUCACCAGAUGUUAUUGAGGCAUAUGCCAGAGCUGGAGGCUGACCCGCCAAAGAUCUGUCACGAUCCAAAGAUCGCCAUGAUGAUGGAAGUUAUGUCUGUCGCCAGUGCAAGUUUGUACUACUGCAAUGUGCCGUUCAUGGCCAGCGGGAUCAUUCAGUCGAUGAGACUCACCUGUGAGCACGGCAUUACCAAGGAUGCAGGUCGAGCAUUGGUGUCGUUUGCUCUCACCUACUCCACCUGGUACGGGUGCCUCGACAACGCUUACGAGCUCGGAAAACUGGCGUGCGAUGUUUCGAACGGGAAUCAACAUGUCAUAUUCUUGUUCUACAUGACCGUCCAGCAGUGGGGCGAUCACAUCGCGCACGCUGUCUCGGCUUUGGAAGAAACCCUCACAGACGUCGAUCUCACCUGCGACCGCCUCUUCCACACCGCAGGAAUGAUCCAUGUUGCCGUGAUCAAGGUCCUCCUCGGCCGCGUCCACCUCAACGACCUCAUGACUAGCACCAUCGACCAUCUUGCCAAACAUAACGAGUUUGGACCCAAGUCCCACGGAGUCGAGGUCAUGCAGGGAGUCCUCCAGCUCGUGAAGUGUCUCAAGGGCCGGACAGAGUCGACCACCAACCCCGAGCUGAUCUUUGACGAUGCGGAUUACUCCGAAUCCAAGGCCCAUGCUGCGAAACGGGCCAUGAAUUCGUUGAGUAUGGUUCACAACAACAGCACCUACCAGAUGCUCAAGAUUGUUGCGGCGUUUAUCUUCGGACAUUACGCGUUCAUUGAGAAGAUGACGGAGGUUUGGCAUGAUGAUCCCAAGUCGAUCAUGAAUUUUGAGGGCUCUUGGAUUGCGCACUCUAUCUUCACAGUGGUCGGUCUGUCGUUGGUUAACCUGUUGAGAACGGAGAAGGAUCCGGAGGUCCGGAAGCGUCAUCAGAGACGGUUGUUGAGUAUUCGGGAUCAGAUGAAGAUGAGAGCCAACAAAUACGCGACUAACCACGCCGCCAUGUACUAUCUCCUGGAAGCUGAGAUGGCCGACCAAAGGCUGUGUCAGGAAGAGGAAUAUGGUGAUGACGAUGACUGCGAUGGCGUCGAAGCCGACAUGGAGGUGGAUGACGAUGACGAGUAUGCCGCCCAGUGCAGGGUCUACAACGUGCUCUCGGACUCGAGACGACGUGGUCGCGGAGGAAUGUUCAUCCCUGCCAUGAAGAAGGUCUUCCUGCUCUAUGAGAAGGCCAUCAAGUUCGCAACCGACGGCGAUUUCCCACUCCACAAGUGCUUCGCCUACGAGCUUGCUGCGAAAUGCCAUCUCCGUCAUGGACUCUUCACUAGUGCCAGGUGUCUGAUGGCCAACUCUUGCAAGGUCUACCACAACUGGGGUGCCAAGGGUAAGGUCCAAUGGUUCCAUAGGACCUACCCUGAGAUCUUCCCAGCUUCUCAGGAUGACGACCCUGCGGGACUUGCGCGGUCGAUGUUUUAUCGACCUACCAGCGAUAACGAGUCUAGCCGAUAUGCUGCAGCUGCGUCGAGUAGUUGCCCUAUUACUACUGCCACUGCUGCCGCAUCAUCAGGAUCAUUCCGACAAGCCGCUAGCAGCGCUAAUGCAGCUUUGGUUUAUCCCCUUACUGCAGCUGCGACCGCCGCUACUUCUCCUUGGAUGACCGCCAGCCCUCGCUCAACAAUGAGCCCCUCUGAUGUUGGAAACGAUUCCUUGAACGCCGCUGCAGUCUCAGCAGCCGCAGAAUCGGGUCUGACAUCAACAUUCCAGUCAGGCGUCAAUGACCCGGCCAGUGCAACGUCGACAGGGACUUCCAUCCUCUCGGCACCACUCUACUCCCUUCAAAACACAUGGAUUAGCUCCCCGCGCUCGCCCGAGAUGGAGAAUGUGGAUUUGGAUGUGAUUGAUUUCUCAUCAGUCAUAGAGGCGAUGCAAGUCAUUGCGAGUGAGAUUGAUUUGGAGCUGUUGUUGGUUAAGUCUCUUGGCGUGCUCAACCAAUCCGUCGGUGCCAAGAAGUGCUCCGUCAUCAUCUCCAAGGACCACGAGCUCGUCCUGGCGGCCUCGUUGGGUGGCGACCGUGGCCGCUGCGAGUCUGUGAAUCCUCCCAUGAGGUUUGACCAGUGCAGCUCGCUGUUCCAGGGUGUCAUCCACUAUGUCAUCAACAUCUCCGCCCCUUGUCUGGUCAUCAAUGCCAAAGACGACCCUCGGUUCUGUGCAGACGAGUACGUCAAGCAACACGCCGACCUCAAGACCGUCCUCUGCGCGCCUAUCCUCCAUAAGACUACCCUCGUCGGUGUAUUGUACAUGGAGAAUUUCCCUGAAAGGGCGUUCGCCAACAAGAGACUGUUGGUCAUGAACCUCCUAGUCCAACAAUUGGGCAUCUCGAUCACCAACGCAUUGCUGUACCAGUCCGUUCUCCAAUCCGAGACCAAGCUGAAUGGGUUGUUGGAGAACAUGCCCUGCGGCAUAGCGUUGUGGGAUGCCAACGCUGAGAACUGCCAGUACAUUAAUUCCACGUGGGGUGAUAUGACUGGCUACACUGUGGACCAGAUCAUGAAGUCGAGGUUGAGUGUCUUGGUCCAUCCCGAUGAAAUUGUCGGCCAUGGUAUCGCCUGGAAGGAUCGUGUCCGAGCUGGAGUGUCCUGCCAAUGGGAGGCGAGAUACGGAUUGAGUGAUGGAUCGUACCGCUGGGGAAUUGUCAGGAUGCUGCCUAUCAAAGCCAACACGGAGAGGGCGAAUAUCCUGCAAUGGUUGACUGUCACUAUUGACAUUGACGACCAGCGCCGUGCUGUCCAACUCAAGUCCAAUUUUUUGGCCAACAUGAGCCACGAACUCCGCACACCAUUCUCCGGUAUUUUGGGCAUGCUGUCGCUGCUCAAGGAUUCAAGUGGGUUGUCAGACGAACAAUUCGAGUUUGUCGACAUGGCCAAGGCUUCCUGUGAGAUGUUGAUCCGUAUUGUUGACGACUUGCUCAACUUUAGCAAAUUGGAAGCUGACAAGGUGACACUGGAGUACAUUCCAAUCUGUUUCGAGGAAAUCCUUGGAGAUGUGUGCGACUUGUUGGUUCCAUUGGCAUCGCGCAAAGGUCUGGAACUGAUCAUCCUCCUCGACCCCACCCUCCCCGUCCAACUCAUCGGCGACCCAGACAGGAUGAAACAGAUCCUCAUGAACCUCAUCGGAAACGCCAUCAAGUUCUCUACCUCCGGAAGUAUCGUCAUCAAGUACUGGCAUGAGCUCCGCAAACGCGAGACCAUCCCUGUCAAGAAACCCCCUCAAUCUAUCCUGGACAUCCUGACGGGAAAAUGUCGACUUGAUUAUUAUAACACUAGUGGGGUGGAGCAGUUGAGGAAGAAGGUUGCAUUGGAGUCGGAUGAGUCCCAUUUGGGCGAUGAAGUCUUGCUGCAUUGUUCUGUCACGGAUCAGGGUAUUGGGAUGACGCCUGAGGAGCAGAAGAUGUUGUUUGUUUCCUUCCAGCAGACGGAUAGUGGGACCACUCGCAAGUAUGGAGGUACUGGACUUGGACUCUCCAUUUGCGCCCAGUUGAUUGCCCACAUGAACGGCAAGAUCGUCGUCGACUCUGAGAAGGGCAAGGGCUCCACCUUCACCUUCACUGCAAAGCUAACAACCAUGACUGAUCAGGAUAGAGCCGAGCACCCAGCAGAGAAUGCACGGAUCCAGGAAUGUCGUGUGGUUCUGGUGAAGCGUGUCACGGCAUUGAAGGACAAACGGAUCUUGAUCUUGUCGCCAAACAUAUACCUGAGGGAGCAGCUCAAGCAGACGAUUGGGGGGCAGGCGCAGUUUAUGGAGUUUGAUAGUGUUGAUUCGGCGAUUGAAGCUCGGGCGAUUGGGGUGCUUUGUGACUCGGAGGAAGGGUGUCCGGAGUUGGCGGAUGCUUCGUCGUUGCAUAGUGGGAGUGAGGAAGAGGAAGAGAAGGAAGAUAAUGUACCUGUGACUCAGGCGAAGCGACCUUGCAACGGCUCUGUCGCGCCACGCAGCGGAAGGACCCACUCCCAGGACGAACAAAAGCCGAGCGGCAGCCCUUGCAGCAAGGACCCAUCCAAGAAGGUUAACAGCCCCUGCAAGGGUAAAUCCACCGCAACAGCGUCAGACUUACCGCCGAUCCAACCUUUCGACUUUAUCCUCGUCGAUCAUGUCCUCGACUCUUCGGAACUCGAUUGUAUCCACCCGUCCCCCCGCGUCGCCUAUGUCCUCCUCCUCGCACCCACCACCGAGACCUUGCGCUGGAUCCUCCCACCCGCAACCGAGAAACGAUAUGAUGCUAAUCAGGAUGAGGCUGCUGAGAGUGAGCAAGUGGAUGUGGGGGGCCGAGGCCGGAUCCGUCAGAGUUCCGAGGUGGAUUUUGCGGCGAGGGCAAUGGGACGUGUUCAUAGCGCGUCGUAUUCGUCCAAGGUCGAUCAUUCGACUCCUGUAUCUACGCCCACGGCUCCGGCAAGGGCGCCCAUUUGUGAUGGGACCAAGAGUUUGGCUGCUGGACAUUCCAGAUCAGGAAACGCUUCCGCCACUACGGCGACGAAGGUUGCAGGAUUGACUAGAUUACCGUCACAGCUGUUCAAGCGGAGGAAGAACGGUGUGUCACAUCAGGGUCAUGUCCGCCAGGUCCUACUGAACAGAAGGGACCCCUCGUUCCAGGUGGUCCGGAUGAUCAAACCUGUUCGCCGGAUGAAGCUGCUCCAGAUCAUGUCCAACGCUAUUAAGCAGCAUGAGCAUCGUCAAAUGUAUCCUGAGGAGUACAUGGAGGAAGACGAGGAUGAUAGGUGGCCGACCGGUGCUAGGUUGACUGAGUUGGAUGAGGAUGAUACUAGCAUGGGAGAGGAAUACAGCCGGUCAAGGAGGGAUAGUGAUGUGUCGACGCCUACUUCUUCUGCGUACUCGACCCCUGCGGCAGCGUCAUCGCCAAUGUCUGACAGCUCGUCGAGUCGACCAUCGCCGCACAAGACUCUAAAGCGCCAACGGCCGAAUCCCGCUUUGUUUGACGAGGACCCUUCCGCCGACAACGAGUCAACAAAGCUUGACGAGCGGCCUCUAUCAAAAUCGGCAAGAUUGACAACACUCAAGUCCUCGACAACCGCGGAAACAGCAGCAGCGGCGGCAGCGCGGAAGAAGGGCAAGAGUCGCCAAAGAAAUCGUGCCAUGGAUAUGGGUCAAGAUACCGAUGUCAGGAAGCGGGCUCGUAACAAUGAUGCUCUGUCGUUGCUUCUGUCACCCCGACAGCUCAAGAUGUGUAAGGGCAUUAAUGUCCUCGUCGCUGAAGAUGAUUUCGUGUCUCAAAAGAUCCUUGAAAAGCAACUGACAAAGUUGGGAAUGAAUGUGGUGAUUGCCAACAACGGACAGGAGGCCGUCAAUCGAUGGCUGGCCGCUGAACGUGAUCACUACACCGUCGCCAUUUUCGAUCACCAUAUGCCGAUCAUGGACGGUCUAGCGGCGACAAGGAUGAUUCGGUCCUUGGAAGCAGAGCACAUGGCAGAGGAAAAAGAAAGGCAAAGACUCAACCCCAACAACGACGACGACGACAACAAAGCCAAUAGGGAUCAAUCAACAACUGGAGAAGGAAGCGCAAGGUCUGGCGUCUUCAAACCAACUAGGAACCCUAACCGCAUCCCUAUCGUCGGUCUGAGUGCCGACAUCCAGCACGCCACCAAAGAGAAAUGUAUCAAGGCAGGAAUGGACGAGUAUAUGACAAAGCCGCUAUUGACCCAAGGACUUGCGAUCUUGAUUCAGAGAUACUGCUGUGAGUAG